AUGGCGAUGAAGGGUCGAGACGAGGCCGAGCGGUUCCGCGUGUUGGGCAACGAGGCGUACAAGGACGGGAGGCUGGAGGAUGCCAUCAACUUCUACACGCGGGCCAUCACUCUCGACGCCGAUGAUGUGCGGCCGUGGACCAACAGGGCGCUCUGCUGGCUGCAGAAGGGGGACUGGGAACAGGUGAGUGGAGUGAGGACGGGAGGGAGGGAGGGAUACAUACUGGGGGCGGGGCGGCCGUGGUGUGAACGGGUGUAUGUAUCCUUCCAUUCUUGUAUGUGUAGGUGAUAGCUGACAGCCGUCAGGCGUUGAAUGCUGACGAGGAGUCGGUCAAGGGGCACUACUUGCUGGGCAGGGGACUCGUUGAGAUGGGUAGGCCACACGCACACUCACAUGACAUACAUGUACCGAGCACUGCACCGCUGCGGUGGCUGAAUCCUCACUCAUCCUUCCCUCUAUCAGGUGACGACGAAGAGGGCCUGCGCAAGUUGGUCAAGGCCAAGACGCUGUCGUCGUGCAAGAAGGAGAGGCCAUACGAAAUGGAAAUACACAAGUGAGUGAGAAAGGGAAACAAACAGGCAGUCAGCACAGGCAUCGCAUCGCAUCGAGUGCGUGCGUGUGUGUGUGUGUGUGUGUGUGUGAAGGGCGCUGUAUCGCGCCAAGAAGCACAUCUGGCUGAGGGAGGACAAGGAGCGCGAGAAGAACACCGCCGAGGCCAGGCAGUCGAUAUUUGUGAGUGGAAGGAACGAAGGAGCACACCCACCCCAGCCAAACAUCACAUCGGCCGGUCUCAGCCAUGUCGUCUCUGUGCUUGCGGGGGACGUAUGUGAUGUGCAGGCGAUGAUAUCGCGGCUGGAGGAGCUCAGCCAAGUGAGCAAAGAAGAAGCUGACCACAGAAGGAAACAGGUGAAUGACUGACUGACACAAACGUUUAAGGCACGAGAGACGGGCAGGCACAGGCAGGCCGGCGGGCAGACAGCCAGGGGUCGAUACGCAUCCCAUCAUGACAUGUGUUUGUCUGUCUGUCCGUCUGUGUGCUGUGCUGUGCUGUGCUGUGUGUGUCAGAUGGACUCGCUGUUCAAUUGGGUGGAGGAGAAGAGAAAGAGGGCCGACAUUCCCGACUACCUCCACUGCAGGAUCACCAUGGUACCAACGUACCCACACCCCACACCGGUCGGUCGAUAUGUGAUCUGUGUUCCUUCGUGUGUGUAAUGUGUGGUUGGUCCCCAGGACUUCAUGGAGGACCCAGUGGUGACGAAGCAGGGCAUUACAUACGAGAGGGAGCAGCUCCUCGCCCACUUCAGACAGAACGGAGACUACGACCCAUACACACGGUAGGUACCGUCAGGGUCACAGCACACCACACGGAGGGGAGGGGAGAGCUGACCUCCGUGCGGUGCGUGGAUCGUGUGCUUCUCAUACAUACGGUACGGUGCGUGCAGGGAGAGGACCAAUGCCAAGGAUCUGGUGCCGAAUCUGGCCGUCAAAAGGGCGACGGAACACUUCCUGGACAAGUAGGCUAGGCCGAGCCAAUCGCACUGUGGCACGCCCGAACGUCAUCAAUCACUGCACCCACCGUGUAUGUGUGUUUUGCGUGUCGUGGCUGCAGCAACCCCUGGGCGUUUGAUUGCUGAUUGGGGGGAUUGUCUGUCCGGGUGUCUGUCUGUCCGGGUCUGACUGACUCGUUGGAGCGCGUGUGCGUUUUUUGAGGUUCUGCUUUGGUUGCCUGCGUUGCGCCUCGCCUUCAAGAGUUGUUUGCGUGUAUGGACGGCUCAUGUACAGUGCAGUGGAGUGCCGACGGCACUGAUGUCCAUGCAACGAACGACUGACUCAUCGCACUAGCAGG